UCUUGAAGUAUAAUUAGGCACCACUAGGCACAAACAUCACCAACUUGAAUGAUUAUGGAGGUGGUCUGUCUGAUGCUGAAAAUGUCUCUAGUUUUUUGACAACGGCUGCAUAACCAUGGGGUCAAGUGGACUUGGGAAAUCAGCAACAUUAGAUGAAUUGCUGAGUACUUGCAUUGAGAUGUUUGAUGACAAUGGAGAGCUGAAUAAUAGUUAUUUGCCAAGAAUAGUUCUACUGAUGCACCGAUGGUAUUUAUCUUCCACUGAAUUGGCAGAAAAACUUCUCUGCAUGUAUCGAAAUGCCAGUGGAGAAAGUUGCAACGAAUUUCGAUUAAAGAUCUGCUACUUCAUAAGGUACUGGAUUCUGAAGUUUCCUGCAGAGUUUAAUUUGGACCUUGGUUUGAUCCGUAUGACUGAGGAAUUCCGGGAAGUAGCUAGUCAACUAGGAUAUGAAAAACACAUCAGCCUUAUCGACAUAUCCAGCAUUCCUUCCUAUGACUGGAUGAGAAGAGUCACACAGAGGAAAAAAAUAUCCAAGAAGGGAAAAGCCUGUCUGCUGUUUGACCAUCUGGAGCCCAUUGAAUUGGCUGAGCACCUCACUUUUCUGGAGCAUAAAUCUUUUAGAAGGAUCUCAUUCACCGAUUACCAAAGCUAUGUCAUCCAUGGCUGCCUGGAGAAUAACCCAACCUUGGAGAGAUCUAUUGCUUUAUUUAAUGGAAUCUCUAAGUGGGUCCAGUUGAUGGUGCUUAGCAAACCAAGCCCCCAGCAAAGAGCAGAUGUCAUCACAAAGUUUAUCAAUAUUGCCAAGAAGCUCCUUCAGCUCAAAAAUUUUAACACCCUGAUGGCUGUGGUGGGAGGCCUUAGUCAUAGUUCCAUUUCACGCCUCAAAGAGACCCAUUCUCAUCUUUCUUCAGAAGUUACAAAGAACUGGAAUGAAAUGACAGAGCUGGUCUCCUCCAAUGGCAAUUACUGCAAUUACCGCAAAGCCUUUGCCGACUGCGACGGCUUCAAAAUCCCCAUCCUUGGCGUACACUUGAAAGACUUGAUAGCAGUCCAUGUCAUUUUCCCAGACUGGACAGAGGAGAACAAAGUGAACAUUGUGAAAAUGCACCAGCUCUCCGUUACCCUGAGUGAACUGGUCUCCCUGCAGAAUGCCUCUCACCACUUAGAACCCAACAUGGAUUUGAUCAACCUGCUCACUCUUUCUCUGGAUCUCUAUCACACAGAAGAUGAUAUUUACAAACUGUCACUGGUGCUGGAGCCUAGAAAUUCUAAAUCGCCUACCUCCCCUACGACGCCCACCAAGCCCGUGGUGCCCCUGGAGUGGGCAUCAGGAGUGAUGCCAAAGCCAGACCCCACGGUCAUCAACAAGCACAUAAGGAAAUUAGUUGAGUCUGUAUUUAGAAACUAUGACCAUGACCAUGAUGGGUACAUCUCCCAAGAAGACUUUGAAAGUAUAGCUGCCAAUUUUCCCUUCUUGGAUUCCUUCUGUGUGCUGGACAAAGAUCAAGAUGGCCUAAUUAGUAAAGAUGAAAUGAUGGCUUACUUCCUGAGAGCUAAGUCCCAACUACACUGUAAAAUGGGACCAGGAUUUGUCCAUAAUUUUCAGGAGAUGACCUAUCUCAAGCCAACCUUCUGCGAACACUGUGCAGGAUUUCUCUGGGGCAUAAUCAAGCAAGGAUACAAAUGCAAAGACUGUGGAGCCAAUUGUCACAAACAGUGCAAAGACCUCCUGGUUCUGGCCUGCAGGAGAUUUGCCCGGGCGCCCUCCUUGGGCAGUAGUCAUGGCUCGCAGCCUGGAAGCCCCUCGUUGCCCCCAGUGCAGGAUGAAGUGUUUGAGUUCCCUGGCGUUGCUGCUGGACACCGAGACCUGGACAGCAGCGCCAUCACGCUGGUUACAGGCUCUUCUCGCAAGAUUUCCGUGAUGCUGCAGCGGGCCACCACCAGCCAGGCCACACAGACCGAGCCUGUAUGGUCCGAGGCGGGCUGGGGGGACUCAGGGUCCCACACCUUCCCCAAAAUGAAAUCCAAGUUCCUUGACAAAGCAGCAAAGGACAAAGGCUUUGCCAAGUGGGAGAACGAGAAGCCCAGGGUGCAGGCUGGUGUGGAUGUUGUUGACAGGGGCACCGAGUUCGAACCUGACCAGGAUGAAGCAGACAUGGAUGAGACCAGACAGGAUGGUGAGGAUGGCUGACUUCAGGCUGAGGAUACUGAAGGCAAGAAUGUUGGCAUUUGGAAGAAACAAGAUGAGAAACUCUGAAGAAUACUUCAACUCUCAGGAACUUAUCUGAAAAGACAUCUGGACCUUUACUGCCUUGUAACACCAUGGGAUCUCCUUGAUUGCACUAAGGGACAGAGGAUUUAUUUACCCUAUGAACUAUUUAUUUCCUUCUCCCUUGCCCUAGUUUGGUGCCACGAAGACUGUGUUAUGUAGUUGGUAGUUUUGUCACAUAUCUUUCUCUAGAGCCGUUUAUGUACGGGUGAAAUGAAAGCUUUUGCACAUGUGCUUGAUACUUAUUCUCUAAACUCAGACUUUGCUUUUUGUGCGAGAAUAUUAUUUCAGUAUUUUUAUAAACUUUUGUGGGGGGAGUUUUAUGAGGAGUCGAUUUAAAAGUCUUUUUGUGUGCUUUUUGGAUGGGACCAGGACUUAACAUUUUUUUGAGGGACAAGGACGCUCUUAAGAUCCUGGAGUGCAGUGGAUCUUCUAAUGAUGAUCUGUUACAAGGAGAAGCUGUUUACACUGUUCUUACCAUACAGUUGCUAUUAUGAUGUGUAACAAGUCACACAUUUAUAUAUCACAUAAGUCUUAUCAAUUCUGCAUCACUAGGAAGCUAUGACACAGCCAUAAAAACUCUCCUAAUAUUUAUAAUUGCCAUGGGGGAAAAUUAACUAUACUUGCCCCAUCUGACCAGGUUUAGCUAUCUUUCUUAAGACUCCUA